UGCAAAAAACACCACACACUAUAAUGGCGUUUUGGUUUCUGCAAAGCACACAUGCUGCUUUGUUUAAAAUACAUUUAAAUAUGCAUCAAGCGACAGCAACCUGCACCCCCCACCCUCAGAGUUAAGGUCCACCCCCAACUUCUUUGUAAACUUAUUAGUGUAGCACUGAUUCUCUUCACAGCUGCGUACGAAUUUCAACGCUCCCGGUUUUUUUGUUUGUUUGUUUGUUUGUUUUGUUUUAUUGAAUUGAAUUUGAUCUUGUUUUAACUAUGGAGCAUGCAGCAAGUACAAUGCCGGAGAAUGUCGACUGUCUGGACAGUCUCAUUCAAUCGUUACAUGAAGUUUUCUCCGCUGAUGAGAUCGAUGUAGAAGAAGUGAAGACGCUCAUGGAAUCUUAUAAGAGUAACCCCAAAGACUGGAUGACAUUUGCUAAAUUUGACAAACACAGAUACACCAGGAACCUUGUGGACGAGGGGAACGGGAAGUUUAAUCUUAUGCUCCUGUGCUGGGGAGAGACGCACGGCAGCAGUAUUCACGAUCAUACAAACUCCCACUGCUUCCUCAAGCUGCUGCAGGGCAGACUCAAGGAGACGCUGUACGACUGGCCCGAGGACCAGCGCUGCAAGCAGGAGCUGCAGAAGAGAUGUGAGAUCUACUUCGAGGAGAAUCAGUGCACCUACAUCAAUGACUCUAUUGGGCUUCAUCGGGUAGAGAACAGCAGUCACUGUGACCAUGCGGUGAGCCUGCACCUCUACAGCCCGCCCUUUGAUACCUGCCACACCUUUGACGAGAGGACGGGCCACAGGAACUCUGUCAAGAUGACCUUCUGGAGCAAGUAUGGAGAGAGGACCCCCUACGGAACGGCUCUAUCAAAAGAGAACAACUGACUUUGGGACCAAUCAAAUACUGGAAUUCGGACCGGAUCAAAAGAGCGCUACCGGGUUCUGAGAAGAGACCAUCCUAGUUACUGUACAGCACUCUGUGUCCACUGAAACCUUGAAAAUGCUAUCGCAUGCAAAAUUGCAGGACUCAAGAAGAAUAUUAAAACUAUUCUUCUUAAAAAAAUAUCUUUUAAAAAAAGCUUUUAUUAUCAAUAUUGUUAUUUGUUUAGAAAAAGAAGUAGUGAAAACAAAAUACAUGUUUUUAACGGGAACCUCUUGUCUCACAGACCACUAAGCUAAACAAGCACGGGCCUUUACCACGUUGUUGUAUUUUGUUAACAAUAAAAUCCAAACUGAAUUUUAUUAUUAUUUUAUUUUUUUUUUUUUUUUUACACGGGCAAACUUGAUCUAUAUUUAGCAGGGAUUUGCUGCAGCACGCAGGAGUGCAAAAUAAGCGUGCAAUCUGGCGCCCUCUGGUGUUAUAAACCUUAAUGUGCUUUAAACUGAUAAUUGUUUGUUUUUUUGUUUGUUUGUUUUUUUCAAGUAAGUUACACCAGAGCUUCUCAACCCCGGUCCUAUUGGACCCCUUCUGGUUUUCAUUCCAACUGAGCGCUCAGUUACUCAACUAAACCCUUAAUGGAACUAAUAAUUAGCUUAAUUUCCCCUUUUUAAUUGUUCUGAGCUCCUAAAAAGUUGCAAAGUCUCUAGCAAAUGAAUAGCCGCGUUCUGAUUUUCUUCUCCAUGUGGAAGACAACGGCAGUGUUAGAAUUCAGCAGCAUUAAUUACCAACUAUAUUUCUUUAUU